AUGUAUCUAGAUAAUCUUUUCAGAACGAUAUUCCACAAUGUGGUGUUAAGAAACAAUAUAUUCAAUUUAAUUAGUUAUAUUCAUACCAAUCAUAUUAAUUUCGAAAGUAGUAGUAUCAAAGCAAAGAGAUACACUUGGGAUCAAUUAUCAUAUCAUCCAAGUCAAUUAAUAAGAUAUAGAUUGAUCGAUCGAUUUUACCAAUCAUUCGAUAGGGAAAUAGUACCUAUACUAGGAACACGAUCACUUCAUUCCUAUGAUGCUCCAGGAUUGACCUACUUACUGGCAUUUAUCACUGCAGCUUCUUGUAACCAAUUGGAGAUAGUCAAGUUUUUGAUGAAUCAGUUCAGUAGAGAUACAAGAGCAACUGAUUUGAUUGAACCGGGUCACUAUCAUACAGCUGCUUGUAAUGCCGCCAAGAAUGGACACUUGGAAAUCAUCAAAUUCUUUCAUUCCGAUCCGAGAAGUACCAACAAUUUCAAUGAAGAUACAAUGCAUUUCGCUGCUUCCAAGGGUAGAUUGGAAGUUUGUCAGUUCCUCCAUGCAAAUAGAAAAGAGAGAGCGGGUAUCUAUGCUAUUGAUUGGUCUGCCGAGAGUGGUCAUUACGAGACGACAAAAUAUCUUUUGGAGAAUGGAUACCAAUGCAGUGAGCAUGCUAUGAUUCACGCAGCAAAGAAUGGUCACUUGCAAUUAGUACAACUACUUCACAGUCACGACGCUAAGUGUACUCACAAAGCGAUUGAUCUCGCAGCAAAGAACGGUCAUAUCUCAGUCAUUACCUAUCUUCAUAAUAAUCGUAAAGAAGGAUGUUCUCUCAAAGCACUGGAGUAUGCAACGAACAACAAACAUACUGAAGUUGUAAAUUAUUUAAAGGAAUCAUCUUUAUUAAAUACAAGUUAA